AUGGGAGUGCAGCCCAAACUUGACGAUAUUGAAGUUAUGGAUGAGGAUCCAUCACCUCUUUCGGAAAUAAAGACGGGAUACACUCCUAAUACAACUACACCUGGAGAUACUGGGAGAGAUUUUUCCAGUUAUGAAAACCUUGAUACGCCGACUCCAAUCAAAUCUAGUGAUCUUAUGGCAUAUGCUAGGCUUGAUACAAAUGUUACCAUCUCAACUACCACAAUUCACCAUUUGACUGCAGCUGACACUCAGAUGUUCUCCCACAGAGGUAGCAGCUACGGUAUUCCCCAGGCCCAGCCACAGCACAUCGUUAGGCAGCCUUAUAGUGUAAUGGAGACACAUCGCAGUCACGCAUAUCUUCAGCAGCAACAGCACCAAAUUCCAUUUGCCCGAGCUUCCUACCCUCAGGCAAUCGAUUAUCUUGAUUCGACAUCAGUUAACCCUAAUUAUUUCCAGUCCUCCUUUUCAUUACCUGCUAUUGGGGUGUCUACCGGACCCCCGCAAGUGAUUUCACAAAUAAACCCGUCCGCCCCUUCCACUAGUAUUUUUACAUCCACUCCUGUUUACACUCCACUCCAACCCAUGCGACUAGGGACGCAUGGAAGUUUUGAUCACCCUUCAACCUCUUGUGAACGCUUCGAGGUUCUUGCCAGUCGUCGAAGUGUAAGUGUACCACAAACCCUAUCGUGCCGUGAUGUCUUACCUUUCACCAGCAAUGUGUGUGCUCCCACUGCAACCCAAACAACGGCCCCAAGCUACUCAGUCGUCAAACAAGAACCCUUUGAGUUCCCCAUAGACGUGAGGCGAGCCAGCUGCUCUAGUCUUACCGGACGACCUCGUCGGAGCCUUUUUGCACCUUCAACAUCUAUAGCAUCUGCCAGCACAAAAGAAAAGCAGUUUGUCUGUAACGCAGAGGGAUGCGAAAAACGGUUUGCUCGAGUUGACGAAUUGAAGCGACACCAGCGGACCCAUAGUGACAUCCGACCAUACACCUGUAACAUUUGUGACAAAGGUUUCACACGAAGCGAUCACCUGAUCACUCAUCGCAGGACACAUACGGGGGAAAAGCCUUAUCCUUGUCACUAUUGCGAGCGGUGUUUCGCCAGAUCCGAUGAACGCUCGCGCCAUGUGAAAACUCACACAAACCCCCGCCCCAGCACGAGCAUUCGUGGCCGAAGACCCAGUGCCAAAUACCAAUUGCGGAAAUCCCUGACACCCCAACAGUCACAGCAGCCAGCCCUUCCCCAUCCUUCACAAAACCAAAUGUCUUUUCAGCAGAUGGACCUAAGUGGUGCCAGUAGUGAUACCAGUUACAGCCAGAGUGAAACUUACAGCGUAUAUCAGCCGCCGCCCCCACCACAACCGUGA